UUAAUUGUGUUACAUAUUCCCCAUUUCUCUAUAUCCCUCUAGGGUUUCUCUCUAGUCGUCUCUCUCUCUCUAUCUUUCUCUCGCACGCACACAAUGGCAGACGAAUCACAGUACUCUUCAGGUCCCGACGCCGGCAGCAACAAGCGCAAAUAUGAGGACCAGACACCGCCGCCUUCUGGUGGCAGGAGGCCGACAGGGUUCUCCUCACCAGAUUCGGCUCCUCCUUCCUACAACAGCGUGCCGCCACCGCUUGACGGCAUCGAGAUGGCCAAGCAGCGAGCUCAGGAGAUUGCUGCUCGCCUUACUCUCUCCGCUGUCUCUGCUGGCUCUGAGGCCAAGCGCCCUCGUGUUGAAAACGGCUCUGGCGGUGGUUUUGAUAACGAUAAGGGAUUUAGCUCCGCUCCUUCUGAUAUAAAGCCUAUGUCAAACUCAGCUCCUUCAUCUAUACCGGCUUCUUAUGGCGGCUAUCAUGGUACUAGCAAGAAGAUUGACAUUCCACAAAUCAGGGUUGGUGUUAUAAUUGGGAAAGCUGGGGAAACCAUUAAAUAUCUUCAACUACAAUCUGGGGCAAAGAUUCAGGUUCAACGAGAUAUGGAUGCUGACCCUAAUUCUGUGACUAGGCCUGUAGAGCUCAUGGGUACUGCUGAACAAAUAGCUAAGGCGGAGCAGUUGAUAAAUGAUGUUCUUGCUGAGGCUGAAUCUGGAGGUUCUGGCAUAGUUUCUCGAAGAUUGACAGGACAAGCUGGAAGUGAACAUUUUGAAAUGAAGAUUCUGAAUAACAAGGUUGGUCUGGUGAUUGGAAAAGGUGGUGAAACAAUUAAAAAUAUGCAAGCAAGAACUGGAGCUCGUAUUCAGGUGAUACCAUUGCACUUGCCCCCAGGUGAUACAUCAACAGAAAGGUCAUUACACAUAGAUGGGACCAGUGAACAGAUUAAAAAUGCUAGAGAAUUGGUUGAUGAGAUCAUAAGUGAGAACCGUAUGAGAAAUCCAGCAAUGGCUGGAGGCUACCCACAGCAAGGUUAUCAGGCAAGACCUCCUACAAGCUGGGGCCAAGGGGCUCCUCCAAUGCAGCAACCUGGUUAUGGCUAUAUGCAGCCUGGGGCAUAUCCUGGCCCAUCACCGCAGUAUAACAUGUCUCAGCCACCUUAUGGGGGCUAUCCAUCUCAACCAUCAUCUGGUGGAUAUGCCUCUGGUUGGGACCAGUCAGCUGUACCACCAAACCAGCAAAGCUCUGCUGCAAGUGGUUACGAUUACUAUAACCAGCAGCCUUCUUCACAGCCGCAGCAAACCCCUGGUGGUUCAGCAACUCCUGCUGAUAGCAGUGGUUAUAAUUACAGUCAACCUCCAGCUUCUAGCUAUAUGCAACCAGGACAAGGUUAUCCUCAUGAUGGCUAUAGUGGAUACCAUGCUCCUCCACAUUCGGGUUAUGGACAGCCAUCUUAUGAUCAGCAACAAGGUUACGGUUCUGUGCCUAGCUAUGGCAAUGCAACAAACCCUACUCAAGAGGGUCACACACCCUCCUAUGGUGGUCAAGGGGAUUCUGGUCAAGCACCUACAUCCACCCAACCAUCUGCGAUGGGCCAGCAAGGGUACAGUACUAGUCAGCAGCCUAGCCCAAAUCCUGGAAGUUAUCCACCUCAAGGAAGUGCUCAACCUGGUUAUGGAAUGCCUCCAACUUCCCAAACUGGCUAUGGGAGUCAACCACCAGCUCAGUCUGGCUAUGGACCUGGGUAUGGACCACCACCAACCCAGAAGCCUUUGGCCAAUCCCCCCGUCUAUGGGCAGACACAGCAGUCGCCUAGCACCCCAGGAAGCUAUGGCCAGCCAGGAUAUCAUUCACAGCCACCACCGGCUGGUUAUGGUCAACCGGAAUCUGGUUCACAACGUUCUCAAUCAUCUAGUUAUGGUGCCACAUCUGCUCAGCCAGGGUACGGUGCCCCACCCUAUGGAGCGCCACCUGCCAGCCAGCCUGGUUAUGGGGCACCUUAUAACACCUCUUAUGGUGGUGGUUACUCACAGCCUGCAGCAUGUCCUACUGACAGCAAUGCAGGUGGGAGCACUCGUGGGACUUAUGAUGCUGCAGCACCAGCUUCUCAAACUGUUCAACAAGGUGGAGUUACCAAGGCAUCGCCUCAAAGUUGAUUUGGGGUCAGUUUAAUGAAGACAAUUUAGAUUUUGGUGCUUGAUGGUUUGUUGUAUUCCAGUCAGGUGAAGUUAGUUUUUGCAGUGUUUUUAAGACAAUGCUAGUGUUUUACUUUAACAUCUUGAUGCUGCAAAUGGUUUUGGAUGGUUUGUCUUGCUUUAUUACUUCUGC